UCGUUCUUUCAUUCACUUGCGCAUAAUUGAUACUUUUAAUCUUUGUUUUGCUUGACGGACUCUGUCUUGUUGUUCUCGACGACACCCUUCCUUUAUUCUUUUUUACCUAUUUGUCUUUGCAAGGCAGUGCGGUCUCUCACAUGUUGGACUGCGCGUGUUGAAACGGACAUUGCAUCCUGUACCGACUCGAGGCGCCACCCAUCUGCGGCCUGAGUGGUGGUAAGGCGGCGCUUUCUCGCCUCAUCGAGCCGUUUGUCCGGCGAUUCCGGCGACAAUGACGACGACGCUCGCUUCCGAUGAGCCGGUGGUGGCUUCCGCUGCCGGCGAUGCUUUGGAUCCCUUCUUGACGACCCCUUCGGGUCCGACGCAUCUGCGGCACUCGAACUUCGACACCCAACUCUUCGCUUUGGCGCCCGGCUCCUCCGCCGAACAAGUGAAGCGCGCGAUCGAGGCCCAUUUGCGGGACACGGAACGGCGGAUGGAAGAGGCAGGAAAGCUCGGCACCGCGCUUGUCCAGCAACAGAAGCAGCUUACUGAGAAGCUGCGCGAGGUGGAACAGCUGCAGUCCGAGGCUGAGCUCACCCCCGAACUGCGCCAGCGGCUCAUCGAGAUUGAGAAGGAUUACAACGAAGUUGCCAGGGAGAGCGCCCGUGCCCUGCUUCCAAAGCAGAGAGUCCCAAGCAACGAGGCUCAAAGCAGCUCGCCGUUUUCUCCAGACAAGAGUGCGAACAGGCGUUCCGUGAGUCCCUCUAAGUUCGAGACUCUCGCCGCUCCAUCUCCGACGAAAUUCGGCAUCCCGAACCGCAAGGUCCGUAACCAGCCGGCGAGCCGGAUUCACGAUAUCGAGUUCGCCGCCGAGAUCAGCACUUCCCUGAUCGCACAGGUCCGGAAUCUUCAAGCCUUGCUCUCCGAGCGGGAGGAAGAGCUUAAGGAGGUCAAGUCAGAAAGGUCGACGUUGGAGAUCGAAGUCGAAGCGUUUCAGCAGCGCGUGAAGAGUCUGGACGAGAGCGAAAGUCGUUACAAGGAUGAGAACUGGAACCUUGAGACCCAGAUUCACGAGCUGCUUGCGGCACAAAAGGAGGCGGCCGAGCGGGAGAAGAAGCUCACGCAGGCGCUUAAUGUCGUCCAGUCCGAGAGAAACGCCACCCAGAGGGAGCUGGAAGAGGUCAAGGAGAGCCUGGCGAAACAGGACGAGAAACACUCUGCUGAGAUCAAGAACCUCGAGAUCGAGCUCGGCACAAGCCGCCGGACUGCUGUCGUUUUCGAGACCGAGCGCUCGGCCUUGCAGCGGAAGGUCGAGGAGCUCACCGGCCAGAACCAGGAGCUGGCUAAGGCGUUCUCCGCCCUUCAGCGCGGCCGGGCAUUAGAACGCGAAGGUUCCCACGGCGGUAGCGAGGAGGAUUCCAAUUCGGCUCCCGACCACAACACCCCGGAGCAUUCGCCGCCCCCGUCGCCAAUGAAGCCCACUCCUCGCCACUCUGCGCUGGAAUCUGAGACGCUCAAAACUUCGCUCGGCCACGCCCAACGUACCAUUCAGACUCUUCGGGCGAACAUCCACCGCGAGAAGACCGAGAAGUUGGAGCUGAAGCGUAUGCUUCAAGAUGCCCGGGAUGAAAUUGAGAAGCUGAGGAGUGACCCGCACCCUCAGCCGAAGAGGAGCCGCAAGGUUGAGCUGCGCGAGGUCAAGAAACCGGCGUUCAAGGUGACCCAGUUGGGCGUUCCACGAUCGAGUAGGAUCGAAGUGGUCGAAGACCCCGACUGGGAGGACCAGUCAGAAGCUGGGUCUUCUCCCCCUGGCCUGUCGCAUCGCAGCCUAGCGCUGCGCUCGGCCGGGAGUAAUGCCGCCCCUGUCGAGUCGGGUAGUGAUCACUUUGAGACGGCAAACGAAACCAGCGAUGCAGCUUUUGAGACGGCGCAGGAGAGGGGCACUGAAACUGAAGACUUCCAGACUGGUGCCGAGGAUAUGUCGGAUGAUGAUGCGGCGACAGAGACGGAGGCUGGUCCAUCCCGAGGUGCCAGCUCGAUCAAGCGUCCCCCGCCUCUGCCUCCGCACCAGUCCAGCAACCAUUAUUCGUUUGACAGCACCGCUUCGACUUCGAGCGACGAGGAUGAUUAUCCGUAUGGCUCCGAGAUCAAGACGCCCUCUGCCGGCCCCAGGAUGCGCAUGCGCAUGAGCCGUAGUUCUCUCACCCGUCGAUCUCGCCAAUUCAGCGAAGAGCCUGCCCUGCCGAGCAGCCCGACCAGCCAACCUGCCAACAGCGCCUCGGCAACCCCUAGCGGGCAGAGCCUGUAUGCGGAGCUGAACAACCUCGAUAAUAGUGAUGAAGACUCCUGUGCAGGGGCCGCUACUCCUAGCCGGAGGAGCGUCCGGUCUGCCACACCCGCCACUCCCCGUAGCGUUGUUCGAGGCCGUUCUUCGCCGCCGCCGGAGGUUCCGGCGCUGCCUAAGAUCAUGGUUGAUAGCGGCAUGAUGACUGAACCGAUGGGAAGUCGGCCGCUCUCCGAGGUCGUAGAGGAACAAAAGCAGCUUGGUGAGGGUGGCAAGUUUGGUUCCUCUUCACAGAGCGUCGCCUCACAGGAGCGACCAGCGUCGAGGGCAUCCGUGAUUGGACCUCGCGGGUUGGAUGCUCUGGGACAGUGGUCAGGAGAUGAGGUGAGGGAUGGCUUCUCGUCAAGACCUCUGUCUUCGAUCUCCUACAGCGAUGCCAGUGUCCAGCACGAUUGGGACAUGGACAGCAAGCUGGCUCAGUUCCCAUUACCGCCCACUGCGACGCCCAUUCUCCCGCCUCCACCCGCGUUGAGCUUCUCUUUCAUCCAAAUGGAGUCGAUCGAACCUCAGAUCGAACCGGAAUCACCUCCAACCCCGUCUCCAUUGACCAUGUCCUCGAUCUUGUCAGAACAUACCGAGCCGGUGAUAGAGAAAACGGAGUUGCCCACGCUUUCUAUGCCGACUCUGAUUUCUGAGCAUGUCGAACCCAUAGUCGAGCCAGAGCCGCCUUUACCGGGACCCUUGUCGCUCAACAUGUCCGCCAUUCUCUCUCGGGAUAUCGAGCCCGUGUCUGAACCGGAGCUGCCUCUGCCGGAGCUCCCGUCGUUCAACCUGUCGGCCAUUAUCUCGCGGAAUAUCGAGCCCGUGUCUGAACCGGAGCAACCGUCAGUGAAUCCGCCGACACUCAGUGUUCCUGAGAUUGUUCAUCAGGAUAUCGAGCCAGUUCCUCCGACGCCAAUCACUCUGUCCUUCUCUACCGUCCAGGCCGAACAAGUCGAGCCCAUCAGCGCGCCUGAGGUGGCUCCCCCAUCGCCAGUCGUGCUCUCCUGUCCAACCAUUCGCUUUGAACAAGUCGAGCCCAUCGAGCUUUCAGCACCUAUCGUCGAGAAGGCAUCGGAACCCAAGAUUGCCGUACCCGCGUCUUUGCCUCUUUCGCUCUCUGCCAUUGUUUCAGAGCACGUCGAGCCGCUAAGCGAUGAGCCCGGCUCACCCCUCAAGCUUUCAGUUUCAUCCCUGACUACCCAAGAGGUUGAACCCCUCCAAGAACUGGAGACGUCGGUGCCUCCUCUGGCUCUCGCCUCAAUUCAAGCUGUCGAUCUGGCGCCUCGCCCAGCACCAGCGUCGCCUCUAGCAAUGUCCUCCGUUCAGUCCUGGAGUGUUGAACCAAUGGAUGCUCCUGAGGAGCUGCCACCAACCUUGUCUCUGUCGGGCAUCGAAACUCAAAUCAUUGAGCCCAGUCAGCCAGAGGAGCCUAAGGUUGUUGCCUCAUUGCUAAGCUUUUCAGGAGUACAUUCAGUGCAUACAGAACCUGCUGAGCCUCGUAGCCCCAAGAGGAACGCAUUCAUCAUUCCUCGCGACGUGGAGAGGGCGGUCAACGGAGUACAGCCGCUACCUCAAACGCCUGAACCUAAAGCCGGACCUGCUCAGGAACAUGUCUCGAUGACGACAGACCAGGGCGCUCAGACAGCGUUGACAUCUGAGGCCAUCGACCAACUGCUGAGGGAGAAGGAGGAGCCUCUAGCCGUCGCUGGUUUCGGACGAUCGAAUUCGCUCGGUAGCAUUGGUACUCCUUCGACGGUGAGGAUCCAUCGCCCGCGUGAAGGGAGCAUCGACACGCCCUUACGAUCCAAAGGCAAAAUGUCCGAUUCUGCUACCGAUGGGCUGGAUGCCUCACUUCGGAGGCCAGGCAGUUCUGCGAGCGGCAUGGACUCCAUCAACGAAGUUCCACCGCUUCCCUCGAAUCAUAAGGAAGUUACCGAGGCAGCCAGAAGUGGUUCUUCACAAGGCGGCCAGGGGACAAUUGGCUCAAUGGGACCUCCAUUGAUCCCUGCUUCUGCCAUGCGAUCGCAGAACCAGUCUCUCAGACCUCGGACUCCCACCGGAUCGAGGCGACCAAUCUCUCCGGUUUCCUAUACCUCAGGCCGGGGGACGCCAACUCCUCGUGCCCCGCCAAGGUCUGGAUUCACUCCGGGAACGGCCGAUGUGCACGAGGUGCAGUCCCUCUCGAAGGGAACGAUCCGCAGCAGCCGGAAAUCUUCAAUCUCGUCGUUCACAUCCGAAGUCGAUACCCGGUUCAACAUGCACACCGGGCCCGGCUUCGAUCCACAAGGCUUCGGGCCCAACACCGAUCCUCGUAUGAUCCAGGCCAUCACGCAGACCAUGAUCGGCGAGUAUUUGUGGAAAUACACACGCAAACAUGGUCGCGGUGAGAUGUCGGAGAAGAGACAUCGCAGGUACUUCUGGGUCCACCCAUACACCCGGACUCUCUACUGGAGCGAUCGCGAUCCUUCGACCGCUGGGCGCUCAGAGUUGCGAGCUAAGAGUGUUCAAAUUGAGGCGGUGCGAGUGGUAGCCGAUGACAACCCCAUGCCACCCGGUCUGCACCGGAAGAGCCUGGUCAUUGUGUCUCCGGGCAGAAGCAUCAAGUUCACUUGCACCACUGGCCAGCGGCAUGAGACGUGGUUCAAUGCUCUGUCGUAUCUGCUGCUUCGCACCGCCAACGAGGGGCAGUCGGAUGCCGAGGAGAUCGCUGGAAGUAUCACCAGGGAAGACGUUGAAGAAUUCAACCCCCAGUUCGGGAGGCGUCAAGCAAAUGGCAACCAUGCACCCCCUUCGGUAUCGCCAUACGACUCGCGGACGCCGCGGGAGUCCCCGACCUUGGAUUACUCAAUGAGCAUCCCUACAUUGACGCCCUCACGCUCCAAGAGCUCGCAGGUUCGCGCGUCACAUGGCACUCUCAGCAGGAUCAGCGGGUAUUUGAGCCACAGCAAGCUCUCGGAAACCUUUGGCAGCAUCAGAAGCCGGAGUGUUCAGGGACGCCACUCCGUCCAAGGCUUCUACGAGGCUGAAGAAGUGCCUGACAGUGCCGAGGAUCUCAGGCGGAUGAUUGAGAAGCAGGACCGUGAGGCUGAUCGUCUCGAAAAUGUCCGAGCAUGCUGCGAUGGCAAGCACGAUGUCGGCACUCUCACUAAUAGUGCGAAAAAGGGCCGCAGCUCAGCCACAGGCUUCCGCUCGCCUACUCCGGGCCCUUCGACCCCCACGCCAGUUGGGACUAUCAGGUCCCGGGCGUGAAUGCAUCAUCUGGCUUCAUUCUCUGAGUUUCCUUGUUGGAAUAAUAACUCGCAAGCCUCCUGUCCAACCGCCUACGCAUGCAUCUUUUACCGUUCUUGUCGAUCGCUACUAGGACCGUUCUCCAACUGCAUUGGGACUUCUGUGAUGCAUACACCGGCCAUACACUACGGAUUCUCACGACGUUGAUGAUUUUCUUUUCCAUUUCCUCCCGCUCAUCGUCGUCUUCUGUACCACCACCGCACUCUUCAAAGCAACCCCGCUGCUGCCGCCGCCGCCACCAUUGCGGGUGAUCACCGCUGCGGCGCGUGUAUCAAGCACUAGGGAAAGGCGCAGUCAUUCAUCCACUCCGU